AAAGCAAUUUCUUUUCUAAAAAAAUUUUUGCUUUUUAAAGGUUACCCAUAUAAUUCCCACUCAUUAUCCUUGUUGCUUAAAGCUUGCCCUCUGCCCUUAUCCUCUCUCUAGCUAACAUCAAUUCUCCAGGGAAAAAUUCUUCCAAUUUCCAGGCAACCAAACAAAACCCUCUUUCUCUCCAUUCAAAGGAGACCCACUAACAGAUUAAACUAAAAGUCUCUUUAAUAACAGGAAAAACAAAUACCAGAAAAGAAAAAAAAGAAGAAAAAAAAAAAAAACUACAACACCAACAAGCCAUUAGAGAAACCACAUAUUUUCAUGCCAUAAUGGAAGGAGGUGAUGAUCAGCUCCACCACCACCACCACCACCACCAUCACCACCGUCCUACCUUCCCAUUUCAAUUACUUGAGAAAAAAGAAGAUGAACCUUGUUCUUCUUCCUCUCCUUACCCUUCUCUUCCCAUCUCUAGUACUGAACCAAACAACAAUAAUAGUAGCACCAAUAAUAACCUAAACCGUUCUUCUUCUUCGAGUCUCCAGAUUGUUCCAGAAACUUCAAAGAAGCCUCCGCCUAAAAGAACAUCGACCAAAGAUAGACACACAAAAGUCGACGGACGUGGUCGAAGAAUUCGCAUGCCAGCUCUCUGCGCAGCUAGGGUUUUCCAACUAACUCGUGAACUCGGUCACAAAUCCGACGGGGAAACCAUCGAAUGGUUACUUCAACAAGCCGAACCAGCAGUGAUCGCCGCCACCGGCACCGGUACAAUCCCUGCAAAUUUCACUUCUCUUAAUAUAUCUCUACGUAGCUCAGGUUCAAGUAUGUCCGUGCCUUCCCAGUUAAGAUCGGCGAGCUUUAAUCCAAAUUUUUCGAUGCAACAACGCCGGAGUUUAUUCCCUGGAAUAGGUCUAGAAACGUCACCGACGCCGACAUUUUUAAAUUUCCAGUCUAGUAAUUUGAAUGCAGUGCUUCAAGCGAAGCAAGAAUUGCGAGACACUUCAUCUCUUGAAUUAUCGACUGAAACAGAAGAGAGUUUAGGAAGAAAGCGAAGGCCCGAGCAAGAUUUAUCAUCGCAACAGCAUCAGAUGGGCAGUUACUUGUUGCAAUCUAGUACAGGAGCAAUUCCAGCCACCCACAGUCAGAUUCCGGCCAAUUUUUGGAUGCUCGCUAAUCCUAAUAAUCAAGUUAUGAGCGGAGACCCAAUUUGGACAUUUCCAUCUGUUAAUAAUAGUGGUUUGUAUAGAAGCACUACCUCUAGCGGAUUGCAUUUCAUGAAUUUUCCUACUCCGGUCGCCUUGUUGCCUAGCCAGCAAUUAGGCUCUAGUAGUAUUAGCGGCGGUGGUGGCAGUGCUGGCGGUGGAAGUGGUGGUAAUAGUGGUAUUACUGAAGGUCAUUUGAAUAUGCUUGCUGGAUUAAAUCCAUACCGGCAUCCUGGUGUGUCGGAAUCACAAGCGAGCGGAUCACACUCACACCACGGCGGUGGAGGCGGCGGCAACGGAGAUGAUCGGCACGACACAACAAGUCAUCACUCGUAGAGCAUCAGUAUUAUCACCAUCAUCAUCAUCAUCAUCAUCCCCACUUGUGUAGUUUGAUGUGUAACACACGUGAGGUUUGAUUGUUCUUGAAUUUGAGUUUUGUUUUGUUUUCUUUCCUUCUUUCUUUCCCUAUUUUUGGAUUAAUUAUUAUUCCAAAUUUUUUUGUGUGAUUAAUAUGGGGUUUUAGGGUUUGAUCAAGGGAUGACAAUAUUAUUUAACAAGGGUAUUGGCUGGAUUUUGAUUAAAAAGAAAAAAAAAAAGUUCUCAUUUGGGUUUUAUUAA